AUGCUCCCGGUCAGAGUCCCCCGGGGGCCCGUGCAGCAGAUGCCGUUGCCAGCCGAGGUGUCACUGCGUGUUUGUUUGCCUCUGGCCCUCAUUUGCUCAAGCCCGACACGCCUCAGCCCCACACGCUUCAGCCCGACACGCCUCAGUCCCACACGCUUCAGCCCGACACGCCUCAGACCCACACGCUUCAGCCCCACACGCCUCAGACCCACACGCCUCAGCCCCACACGCCUCAGCCCCACACGCCUCAGCCCCACACGUCUCAGCCCCACACGCCUCAGUCCCACACGCUUCAGCCCCACACGCUUCAGCCCGACACGUCUCAGUCCCACACGCCUCAGUCCCACACGCCUCAGUCCCACACGCCUCAGUCCCACACGCUUCAGCCCGACACGCCUCAGCCCCACACGCUUCAGCCCGACACGCCUCAGUCCCACACGCUUCAGCCCGACACGCCUCAGCCCUACACGCUUCAGCCCGACACGCCUCAGUCCCACACGCUUCAGCCCGACACGCCUCAGUCCCACACGCUUCAGCCCGACACGCCUCAGCCCCACACGCUUCAGCCCGACACGCCUCAGUCCCACACGCUUCAGCCCGACACGCCUCAGUCCCACACGCUUCAGCCCGACACGCCUCAGUCCCACACGCUUCAGCCCGACACGCCUCAGUCCCACACGCUUCAGCCCGACACGCCUCAGCCCCACACGCUUCAGCCCGACACGCCUCAGUCCCACACGCUUUAGCCCCACACGCCUCAGCCCCACACGCCUCAGCUCCACAGGCCUCAGCCCCACACGCCUCAGCCCCACACGCCUCAGCCCCACACGCCUCAGCCCCCACACGCCUCAGCCCCACACGCCUCAGCCCCACACGUCUCAGCCCCACACGCCUCAGUCCCACACGCUUCAGCCCCACACGCUUCAGCCCGACACGCCUCAGUCCCACACGCCUCAGUCCCACACGCCUCAGUCCCACACGCCUCAGUCCCACACGCUUCAGCCCGACACGCCUCAGCCCCACACGCUUCAGCCCGACACGCCUCAGUCCCACACGCUUCAGCCCGACACGCCUCAGCCCUACAUGCUUCAGCCCGACACGCCUCAGUCCCACACGCUUCAGCCCGACACGCCUCAGACCCACACGCUUCAGCCCGACACGCCUCAGCCCCACACGCUUCAGCCCGACACGCCUCAGUCCCACACGCUUCAGCCCGACACGCCUCAGUCCCACACGCCUCAGUCCCACACGCUUCAGCCCGACACGCCUCAGUCCCACACGCUUCAGCCCGACACGCCUCAGCCCCACACGCUUCAGCCCGACACGCCUCAGCCCGACACGCCUCAGCCCCACACGCCUCAGUCCCACACGCUUCAGCCCGACACGCCUCAGCUCCACACGCUUCAGCCCGACACGCCUCAGCCCGACACGCCUCAGCCCGACACGCCUCAGCCCCACACGCCUCAGUCCCACACGCUUCAGCCCGACACGCCUCAGUCCCACACGCCUCAGCUCCACACGCUUCAGCCCGACACGCCUCAGUCCCACACGCCUCAGCCCGACACGCCUCAGUCCCACACGCCUCAGCCCCACAUCCACAAGUCUCAGCCCCACACGUCUCAGUCCCACACGCCUCAGUCCCACACGCCUCAGCCCCACACGCCUCAGUCCCACACGCCUCAGUCCCACACGCCUCAGCCCCACAUCCACACGUCUCAGCCCCACACGUCUCAGUCCCACACGCCUCAGUCCGACACGUCUCAGUCCUACACGUCUCAGUCCUACACACCUCAGUCCUACACGCCUCUGCUCCACACGCCUCAGUCCCACACGCUUCAGCCCGACACGCCUCAGUCCCACACGCCUCAGCUCCACACGCUUCAGCCCGACACGCCUCAGUCCCACACGCCUCAGCCCGACACGCCUCAGUCCCACACGCCUCAGCCCCACAUCCACAAGUCUCAGCCCCACACGUCUCAGUCCCACACGCCUCAGUCCCACACGCCUCAGCCCCACACGCCUCAGUCCCACACGCCUCAGUCCCACACGCCUCAGCCCCACAUCCACACGUCUCAGCCCCACACGUCUCAGUCCCACACGCCUCAGUCCGACACGUCUCAGUCCUACACGUCUCAGUCCUACACACCUCAGUCCUACACGCCUCUGCUCCACACGCCUCAGUCCCACACGCUUCAGCCCGACACGCCUCAGUCCCACACGCCUCAGCUCCACACGCUUCAGCCCGACACGCCUCAGUCCCACACGCCUCAGCCCGACACGCCUCAGUCCCACACGCCUCAGCCCCACAUCCACAAGUCUCAGCCCCACACGUCUCAGUCCCACACGCCUCAGUCCCACACGCCUCAGCCCCACACGCCUCAGUCCCACACGCCUCAGUCCCACACGCAUCAGCCCACACCACGUCUCAGCCCCACACGCCUCACCUCAGCCCCCUCCUACACGCUCAGCCUCACCGUCUCACCCACACGCCACACACGCCUCAGCUCCACACCUCACCCCACACGCCUAGCUUCACGCUCAGUCCCACCGCCUCAGUCCCACACGCGCCUCAGCCUCCCCACACCCUCACGCCUCAGCCCACACGCCUCAGUCCCACACGCUCACCCACACGCCCAGCCCACACGCCUCAGCUCCACACGCUUCAGCCCACACGCCUCAGUCCCACACGCCUCAGCCCGACACGCCUCAGUCCCACACGCCUCAGCCCACAUCCACAAGUCUCAGCCCCACACGUCUCAGUCCCACACGCCUCAGUCCCACACGCCUCAGCCCCACACGCCUCAGUCCCACACGCCUCAGUCCCACACGCCUCAGCCCCACAUCCACACGUCUCAGCCCCACACGUCUCAGUCCCACACGCCUCAGUCCGACACGUCUCAGUCCUACACGUCUCAGUCCUACACACCUCAGUCCUACACGCCUCUGCUCCACACGCCUCAGUCCCACACGCUUCAGCCCGACACGCCUCAGUCCCACACGCCUCAGCUCCACACGCUUCAGCCCGACACGCCUCAGUCCCACACGCCUCAGCCCGACACGCCUCAGUCCCACACGCCUCAGCCCCACAUCCACAAGUCUCAGCCCCACACGUCUCAGUCCCACACGCCUCAGUCCCACACGCCUCAGCCCCACACGCCUCAGUCCCACACGCCUCAGUCCCACACGCAUCAGCCCCACAUCCACACGUCUCAGCCCCACACGUCUCAGUCCCACACGCCUCAGUCCCACACGUCUCAGUCCUACACGUCUCAGUCCUACACGUCUCAGUCCUACACGCCUCUGCUCCACAGGCCUCAGUCCCACACGUCUCAGUCCUACACGUCUCAGUCCUACACGUCUCAGUCCUACACGUCUCAGCCCCACACGCCUCACCCCACACGCCUCAGUCCCACACGUCUCGGCCCCACACGCCUCAGUCCCACAGGCCUCAGUCCCACACGUCUCAGCCCCACACGCCUCAGUCCCACACGCCUCAGCCCCACACGCCUCAGCCCCACACGCCUCAGUCCCACAGGCCUCAGCCCCACACGCCUCAGCCCCACAGGCCUCAGUCCCACACGUCUCAGCCCCACACGCCUCAGUCCCACACGUCUCAGCCCCACACGCCUCAGUCCCACACGUCUCAGCCCCACACGCCUCAGUCCCACACGCCUCAGUCCCACAGGCCUCAGUCCCACACGUCUCAGUCCCACACGCCUCAGCCCCACACGUCUCAGCCCCACACGCCUCAGCUCCACACGCCUCAGUCCCACAAGUCUCAGCCCCACACGCCUCAGUCCCACACGUCUCAGCCCCACACGCCUCAGCCCCACACGCCUCAGCCCCACACGCCUCAGCUCCACAGGCCUCAGUCCCACACGUCUCAGCCCCACACGCCUCAGUCCCACACGCCUCAGCCCCACACGCCUCAGCCCCACACGCCUCAGUCCCACAGGCCUCAGCCCCACACGCCUCAGUCCCACACGUCUCAGCUCCACACGCCUCAGUCCCACACGCCUCAGCCCCACACGCCUCAGCCCCACACGCCUCAGCCCCACACGCCUCAGCCCCACACGCCUCAGCCCCACACGCCUCAGCCCCACACGCCUCAGCCCCACACGCCUCAGCUCCACACGCCUCAGUCCCACACGUCUCAGCUCCACACGCCUCAGUCCCACACGCCUCAGCCACACACGCCUCAGCCCCACACGCCUCAGCCCCACACGCCUCAGCCCCACACGCCUCAGCCCCACACGCCUCAGCCCCACACGCCUCAGCCCCACACGCCUCAGCCCCACACGCCUCAGCCCCACACGCCUCAGCUCCACACGCCCUCGGCUCCACACGCCUCAGUCCCACACGCCUCAGUCCCACACGCCUCAGCCCCACACGCCUCAGCUCCACACGCCUCAGUCCCACACGUCUCAGCUCCACACGCCUCAGUCCCACACGCCUCAGCCACACACGCCUCAGCCCCACACGCCUCAGCUCCACACGCCUCAGCCCCACACGCCUCAGCCCCACACGCCUCAGCCCCACACGCCUCAGCCCCACACGCCUCAGCCCCACACGCCUCAGCCCCACACGCCUCAGCCCCACACGCCUCAGCCCCACACGCCUCAGCUCCACACGCCUCAGCCCCACACGCCUCAGUCCCACACGCCUCAGCCCCACACGCCUCAGCCCCACACGCCUCAGCCCCACACGCCUCAGCUCCACACGCCUCAGCCCCACACGCCUCAGUCCCACACGCCUCAGCGCCCGCUUCAUGUUGCGCCUCGUUCUGAGUGA